CGCACUUUGAGUGCGCCGUCGCCGCGGUGGGACGUCACAUUGUGAAGCCAGUCAUGCUGCUCCCGGCAGGUUCGGAUCGGGCUAUCCCGGCGGAGUGCACUCUGCUGCUGCCAGCUGUAUCCGUGGGAAAUGUGGGCCAGUUAGCCAUCGAUCUUAUUAUUUCAACACUGAAUAUGCCAAAGGUCGGCUAUUUCUACACAGACUGCCUUGUACCAAUGGUUGGGAAUAACCCUUAUGCAACCAAUGAGGAGAAUGCAAAGGAGCUUUGUACAAAUGCUGAAGUAUAUGCAUUGUCCUCAAGAAAGCUUGCUGUCCUCCAGAUCAGAUCACCAUUAAUAAAGAAAAAAUCCAAAGCCUUUCGGCAGGCUCUGAUUUGCUGGAUCAAAAGGUGUGGGUUUACCAAAGUGAUCCUGUUCUCGAGCACCCAUGCGUACCAACGUGUUGACCAGCAACUCUUCGGACCACCAUUCCGUUACUUGUUAACCCCCAACAUGGAAAGAUCUGUGGCAGAUCUGUUGAAAGAGCUGGAGUGGAAGCAAAUGGAGAAGGUGUCAGCAUAUCCUGGUAUAAAUGAAGAAAAACAGAUUUCCAUCCCUGGGGGAGGUUUUACGAAGCAGUUUUACAGUGACUGUUGUUCAGAAGAGAUCCAGAUGGCAGUUGUGCUGAAGUUUUGUUCAGAAGGCGAUAACAUCCCAGAUGCUUUUGCAUUGGUAAAUCAUGCUAAUAAGUGGCUCCAUCUAGUUCCACAUUCAGAUGUUGGCUCACCUACUGAAUGGAAGAUGCCAAGUUCCUGGAGGCUACUGUUUGGCAGCGGCCUGCCACCUGCUCUCUUCUGAUGUUUGAACACAGAAGUUCUCUGUUAUUACCUUUAAAUGAUUAGGCACUUCUGGCCUAAGGCAUGUGUGCUAGAUGGACCUCUUUAACAGUUCUUUAGACACACACAGACUGGUCACACAACAUUAAUCCCAGCCACCAAGAAAUGGCUCCAAAACAUGUCCAUCGAAUAACUAUUUAGAAAUAAUGGCUGUCCGGGAGAGCUUUUUACUUUAAAUAACCACUUUAUGUUACCAUGCCCCACUAUUCCCUGCUCUUAAUUGUUUAAUAUUUUGUUGUACAGUAUGGCUGGUGUACUUAAACAUGAGAUUAACAAUGAGAUACAAAGCAGAGCUUUAAACAAUAUUUAUAUAAAGGCCAGCCCUUCUUACUGCAUUCCUUCCCUGAAAUUGGUGCAUGGGUAAAAUACCAAGAUUUCUUUGUUGAUUUUGAAGAUUUAGAACUAGCCCUUUGUGUGGUCGAGAAUGUUAGACUGAUGCUGUAAAAUCUUCACUCAAACAUUAUACUGUGUCUAGUCCGCAUCCUUUCUGCCGGGAAGAGUUCAAAAUAAAAGAUGUUAUUUUUCCAAAAA